AUGAAUAGGGCGCAUGUUCCGGACUACUGUCCCGCGACCAGCGACAGAAUGUCGUCAAGAUGUGCCCAUUGGGACUAUAGCAACCCGAAUAGCAUCGACUGGUCCUGGUUGGCGAAUGUCGCUCGUGGCACACGAGGUCUUCCUGCAAAUCUCACAUCUGGAAGCACAUCCAUCUCUUGGGGGAAUAUCUACAUCCCGCAAACUGUCGUCGCGGCAACAACGCCAAUGAAGUAUGCCGCUGCUGUAGUCUCGGAUAGCUUUUCCAUGACAAAAUCCGAGGCCGUACAGAACCGAGAGACAGCAACCAUCACCAGCAGCAGGGGGGAACAUCUCCCAUUGAAGCAACCGCAAGUCUCCAUCCAGUGUACAGACCCCAGCCGUCCAAGAAAGGACCCCCGAGGCGACACACUCGCCGAGGCUCCCUACAACUUUCUCCUCACCCCCGGUUUCUACUACCGUAGCAACCCAACCUUCUUCAUCCCCCACGAGCUCCUCGACGAGGCCUACACCUCCAGAGCCCACUUCGGCUUCCUCGACUUCGGCAGCCACGCUCCAGUCAAGGCAUCAGCCCCCUUCUGGACGCGGUACAACUUGACCGGGACCUUCCUAGCCCUCUGCUUCAUCGACGCCCGCUGGGUGGAAUCCGACGUCUGGUCCUACUCCAACGGGGACGUCCCCCAGUUCUCCUACGCCAUGAGGAACUCCACCCUCAACGCAUCCGCCAACCUGGACGAGGUCAUACAUCUGACGGUGCCCUGGCUGAACAGCCUGAACAACUCGCUGUACAUGGCACCGGGAGGCAGCUCAAACUAUGGACUCAAGUACAGCAGCAGGGCGGCUAGCGGGUCAAGGUUUGUCUAUGACCAUUACGUGGCUGAGGGGGCGGAGGAUUCGGAGUUGUAUCGAGCGCUGUCGAGGUCGUUGGCGAUUUAUCUUGUUGAUGCCCUUUCCGAUUUGACGUGGUCGAGGGUCCUCAGAGAGGAGGGGAUCCAAGAUUACGCAUGGGUUGAUGUCGAUCGACAUGAGCUGAUCUACCGGUACAACUUUGAGGGUUUGUCGGUCAAACUUGCUUUUGGAGUUCUAUUGCUUCAUGUGCUUCUUGUGCUGAUCCAUUUUGUGGGUACGGCGUGUAUUUAUCGAGGGUUUGGGAGUAGUGCCUGGGAGCAACUCGGGGAGCUGAUGACGCUGGCGAUGAAUAGUCAGGGGAGUGAUUUGCUGAAGAAUACUGGGGUUGGGGUGCAUAAAUGGGAGGUAUGGAGGUUGAUGGCCAGGGUUUGUGAAGAUGAGGUUGAGGAGCGUCGGGUAGAGCUGCGGUUGCACAGCGAGCAAGUAAUUGACGGGGAUGAAGAGGGUGUGAUUAAAGAUGUUUCCGGAUCUGGGAAAAAGUCGACUGCAUUCCGGAAGUAUGGCUAA